AUGGAUUUUGACGACGAAGACAAACCGAAAGAGGUUGCCAAAACCCGGAGAUUUGCACCGGGUCGUGCCGGAAAGCCCAAACUCAAACCUAAACCCGAACCUACCGCAGCAGCGAAACCCGAGCCGCCGCCGUCACAAACUGAUGACGUUGAUGCGAAAUUCUCUGUCUCCAAGGUUGAACCGGAGGUCUAUAAUGGCGCCGCCGUUAAAAUGGAGAUUGAUCCAAAAGUGGACAAGGAGCCAGAGCCGGAGAUGGAGACGCCGGAAGUUGAGUUGAUGGAGGUAGAUCAGCUUCCACUGCCGGAGCAGAAGGAGGAGGAAGAAGAAGAAGACGUUGUUGUUCGUGAAAUUGAUGUUUACUUCAAUCCGUCUAUUGAUGCCAACACUAAGCUUUACGUUCUGCAAUAUCCACUAAGACCGUCUUGGCGUCCAUACGAAAUGGAUGAACGUUGUGAAGAAGUAAGAGUGAAUCCAUCUACGUCUCAGGUGGAGAUUGAUAUGUCUAUGGAUGUAAAUUCGAGCAACUACGACUCUGAGUUUGGAAGCAAAUUACAUAUGACUAAGCAGACAUUGACAACAACGUGGAAGCAGCCUCCUACAUUGGACUAUGCUAUUGGGGUUCUUUCAGGUGAUAAGUUACACUUGAAUCCUGUUCAUGCUGUUGCUCAGCUCCGACCUUCUAUGGACUAUCUUUCAACUAAAAAGAAACAAGAAGAAGCUAUUGAAGAAUCUGCUGGAACGUCGAAAAAAAAGAACAAGGCAGCGCAGGCUUCGGCUGAUCAGAAACCAGUUGAUGAAGAGAAAUGGGUUUCACUCAAGUAUCAUGGACUUCAGUCCGAGUUUUCCUCCAAAUAUCUUAUGGGAAUGAUGGCGAAUGAGAACUCUUCAAUAGACUUCAACAUGAGCCCGGAGGUUUAUAUCAACUCACUGUGCCGUGGGGAAAGCAGCAGAAACUCUGAAUCAAAAGAUAUAUCUAUACGGGCCUUGACCUCACUACCGCUUGAAGAACGUGUGCAAAAGUUGCUCUGCAAAAGUUUCUUAAUGGGACGUUCUUUAUUUCGAUACAGUGUUCUCAAGUAUUAUGCUCCAGAGUACUCGGACGAGGAUUUCUUAAAAGUCCUCGAACAAUAUGCCUGGUUAGUUCAAGGUUUAUGGACUCCGAAGACUAGUCUACUAAAACUAGGCAAGCUGGAGUUUUCCAGGGACUAUGGCCUGAUGCAGUUCAGCAAGGGACCGACUAUAAAGUACUCUGUCGUUGAAGCAACCGGGGCUCGGCUUAAGGGUGAUAUAAAGACGAGGUUGAGUGAGUUUGCCAAAGAUAGGCCUCUGCUAUGUGAUUGGAAGUUCAAAGAGCCCACUGAUGUUUCCUUUCAAAAAUUCUACCCGGAGAUUGCUGACAAGCAAGCAAACAUUUGGAAGGAAAUGGAAGUGAAACUUAAUUUAUUUGUUGAAACACAAAAAGCGAAAAGUAACCGGAAGAACACUGGAGGCGGCAAAAACCCUCCAGAAACAGAGAAACCAGAGAACCCGGCGACUCAGCCUGACAAAGGAGGAGCAAGUUCAAGAGUUGCAAAGAGCGUUGGACCAAAGAUGUCGGAAGAUAUUCGGAGGGCGAUACCAAAGGCCUUGAAAAAGGUGUUUCAAACUCACAAAGUUUGCAGCUACGAGACGAUAUGUCAAACACUUAGGGAUUACGCAGUGCUCCAAGCGAACAAUCCAAAAUCUGAUACAGGCAUGGCAAAGAAAGUGGCGGAAGCUGUGGAUGCUCACCAAGACGAGCUCAAAGAAAUUAUAAGCGAAGUGACUGUUAACAUUCACGGCUCCUUUGUCUCCAAGUCGUCUCCAGACCAUCCAGAAUUUGAUGCUCUCAGGGAAGUGGUGAUCAGCCUCUUACUUGUACCUGGAAAGAAGCUUAUGAAGGCUCAUGUACUUGAAGCAGGCAAGACCGUACUUGGUCGUCAAAUCCCCAACAAUGAAUUCCUUAAGGUGAUGCACGACUUCUGUGAAGUUUACAAUUCAGGGUGGGUUUUAAAGAAAGCUCGAUGA